CUCAUUUGUCUCAGUGUCGCCGCCAUUAAACAGCACAGUGGCAAUGUAAACCAUGGAGUGUCGCGGAUUUAUACCAUGAUUCGAGGAGAACAAGAUUUUGUCAAGGUGUGGUUUAUGUGGAAGACGUUAAUGUAUCUAUAAAGGUAAACAUGUGAGAGACAGAAGGGGUCGAAAUAUCUCGGUUUGGGAAAGGUUUGACAGAGCAGGAGGAGGAGGACUGUACAAGAAGGGUUUGUUGUGGUUUUCAGCAGCACUUGAGAAACGAGCGUAGCCGUGAUACGGUUUACCAUCCAAAUUAAGCCACAAUGACGGAUCAGAGGAUAAAGUGGGUCUGUGACUACUGCACCUAUGAAAACUGGCCAUCUGCAAUCAAGUGCACUAUGUGCCGGGCUCAGAGAUCCAGGGGUCCCAUCAUCACAGAGGAACCUUACAAAAACACCCCUGCACUGGAUGCCAGCUUGGAAUGGGACUCCCCCAGAACUGAGAGUGGCAGCAGCCUCCUCAUCUGUCCCGACUCCAGUGCUAGGCCGAGAGUCAGGCCAACCAGUGUGGCUGAGAUUGCCAAUAAGUGGUCUUGUCACAUGUGCACCUAUCUGAACUGGCCACGGGCAAUCCGCUGCACACAGUGCCUGUGUCAGCGCCCGAGGACCAGCAGCCCGACAGAGUCUCCCCAGACUUCAGGAUCUAAUGCAGGCUGUCGUCCUGCUCCCCACUCCCCUGUGGAUACCUGUGAGGAAUACAAUGACAGAAACAGACUUAAUACCCAUCAUCAGCACUGGACAUGUACAGCUUGCACUUACCAGAACUGGCCAAAAACUACAAAGUGUGUGGUGUGUGACCACCCCAAACCCAACAACCAGGAAACCAUAGAGCUGGCUGAGUCUGCGGAGCCGGCACCAAUGAUCAAUGAGCAGGACAGGGCUCGUUGGAGGAGCAGUUGCAGCGGAGGCCAGGGCCAGAGAAGGUCCCCUCCUACACCCAAGAGGGAAGACAGAGUGAAAAUGGAUUUCCAGAGGAUAGAGCUUGCAGCUGGAGCCAUGAGCAGCAAAGAGGAGCAAGAGGUCGACUUCAAGAAACUAAAGCAGAUUAGAAACCGAAUGAGGAAAACAGACUGGCUGUUCCUAAGUGCGUGUGCUGGCGUGGUGGAGGGAGACCUGGCGGCAGUGGAAGCCUACAAGUCGUCCGGUGGCGACAUCGCCCGGCAGCUCACUGCAGAUGAGGUGCAACUCCUCAGUCGCUCUUCUGCAUUUGACGUCGGCUUCACCUUGGUGCACCUGGCCAUCCGCUUCCAGAGGCAGGACAUGCUAGCCAUCCUGCUCACAGAGGUUAAUCAGCAGGCAGCUAAGUGCAUCCCCUCUCUGGUUUGUCCUGAGCUGACGGAGCAGAUCCGCAGAGAGAUCGCAGCCUCACUACAUCAACGCAAAGGAGAUUUCGCCUGUUACUUCCUCACUGACCUGGUCACAUUUACCCUCCCUGCAGAUAUUGAAGAUUUGCCGCCUGCAGUCCAAGAGAAGCUGUUUGAUGAGGUGUUGGAUCGAGAUGUGCAGAAAGAGUUAGAAGAGGAGUCUCCAGUUAUCAACUGGUCACUGGAGCUUGGCACACGCCUGGACAGUCGUCUGUAUGCCUUAUGGAACCGCACUGCCGGAGACUGUCUGUUGGACUCUGUUCUGCAGGCUACUUGGGGCAUCUACGACAAGGACUCUGUUCUCCGCAAGACCCUUCAUGAUAGCCUGCACGACUGCUCUCAUUGGUUUUACACUCGCUGGAAAGAGUGGGAGUCGUGGUACUCGCAGAGCUUCGGUUUGCAUUUCUCCCUCAGAGAGGAGCAGUGGCAGGAGGACUGGGCAUUCAUUUUGUCUUUGGCCAGCCAGCCUGGGGCCAGCCUGGAGCAGACCCACAUUUUCGUUCUCGCACACAUUCUUCGGAGACCCAUCAUAGUCUACGGAGUGAAAUACUACAAAAGUUUCCGUGGGGAAACAUUAGGAUACACGCGUUUUCAAGGUGUGUACCUGCCUCUGUUAUGGGAGCAGAGUUUCUGCUGGAAGAGCCCCAUCGCUUUGGGUUACACGCGGGGACACUUUUCGGCCCUGGUGGCCAUGGAGAACGAUGGCUACGACAAUCGCGGUGCGGGCGCCAACCUCAAUACUGACGAUGACGUCACGGUCACUUUCCUUCCACUGGUGGACAGUGAGAGGAAGUUGCUGCACAUUCACUUCCUGUCUGCACAAGAGAUGGGGAACGAGGAGCAGCAGGAGAAGCUGCUGAGGGAAUGGCUGGACUGCUGUGUGACAGAAGGAGGCAUGCUGGCAGCUAUGCAGAAAAGCUCCCGCCGCCGUAACCACCCCCUGGUCACCCAGAUGGUGGAGAAGUGGUUGGACAGAUAUCGACAGAUCCGCCCCUGUGCCUCUCUGUCUGACGGCGAGGAGGAGGAGGACGAUGAUGAGUGAGAAGAAAGAGCUCUUACAUUUGAGACUGGACACUUUGGGCUCGGGGAGAGACCUUUAAGAUCUACAUUUCUGUUUUUUUCUUUACUCCAGAAGUAAAAUCUUUAACUUGUUAUAAUGCAUGUGUUCUGUGAGCUCUGUGAUAGAAAAAACAAACCAGCACCACAAACCGAAUCCUGAUUACUGCUCCUAUGAAAGCACAUCAACUCUGCUUAGUUUGAACUCCUCUACCCAGAAUUCCCCUUAUUUGUUAUCAAAGUAAUUAUCUCCACCUGAGAGAAACACCAGGAAGUAUAGAAACAUAUAUUGAAGUAAACCCUGAAGCUGCUCUAGAUGGGAAAUUUGAUUUACAGAAUUGCCUGACAGAAAUUUAGCUUAAAACUGAGACGUGCUAACCCUUGUUUGUGUGUUAAAGUUUAAAAAGAGCCCCCUUUCCCCUCCUCCGAUGUUUGGAUUUAUUUAUUCGUUUAGGAGAUGCGCUACCUUAUUUGUCCUGCUUUGUUUUAUCUGUGUUCUGUUGGAUCCCUUUUUGGUCAUUAAGUAUUUUAUUUUGCACAGAUUAAACCUACAUUCUGA